AUGAAAUUUAUGGAUAAUAAACGAGAAUUGAAUACCGAGGAUUCAAUUUUGCCUAAUGAGGAGCCAAACCAAAACGAAACUACCGGAAACGAAGGAGCUGUCGUAUCUCACCCUACUGGAUACGAAGAAGCUGUUGUAACUGAACCUAACGGAAUCCAAGGAAUUCUUGAACCUCAACCUUCAACUUUCGAUGAUUCCAACAUUUACCAAAACAGCCAAAGUCUCUAA